CUGCAGCCUGGUUUCUGUAUAGGCAGGACGAGGUAAAAGAGACAUUCCAUUGCCACAGGCCAGUUUCCACUUGGAAAGUCUGGGUUGCAGCCCACUCUUCGCUCUGGUUGUGCAGCAGCUUCUGCAUGCUUGUUGUCUUUUAGGAGCUCGGGAAAGACUCUGAUAGGGUACAAGAUGGCAUGUCGGCAGCUGUAUUUGAGGUCAAUGGGACUGGCGGUUGUGCUGGUCCUUUUAGCGCUAAGCGAUGUGUCCAGUGACAGCACCUUACACAAGAUCUUAAGGAAAAGAGAAGUGGCCGAAGCUGGCACUACCCCAUCCAAGUCCUCUGUUGCGGUGCCUCCCCCAAAGGCUCUAGAGUUCCUGGCAAAGCUGAGGAGAACCAAGAGGAACCUUUGGGAUCGCAGCCGACCUGACGUGCAGCAGUGGAUCAUGCAGUUCAUGUACAUGGGAUAUGAUGAGCAGAGGCUGGAGACUGACCUGGCGUACUGGAUGGACCACGCUCGCGCCAACGACCAGGGGCGUCAGCAUCACUACGAUGAAAACGCCGCCAUCGCCCCGCGCGACACCGCUUCGUACAGACACGGCGCUAACGUCAACUACGACUAUUACUAGCUCCGGUCCCGUGCACACGCGUUCAGGUCGUGCUUCCAUCACUUCAGAAGGCUUCACAUUGAGUUACAUUCGCUUUAUCCUCAUUUUAACCUAAACGUACCCUUAAUCUAAACCAGAUCUUCAUACACGGACUCAAUAGUUUACAUCAUAGAGACUUACUUUACGCUUGGUCUCCACAAUGUGACGGUGUAAACAGAUUUGGACAACACAAGUUUAAACAGACACUGCUUCUGUGAAGAGUCAAAUAGUUUGUUUGCCUGAGUCAGAGGACACACAGGGUACUCUUUUCAUUUUUUAAACUUUCUUUCAACUAGCUCUCUUCAUCCUUACGUACUAGUUAGAAAAAAGAGACAUAACAGUGACAUAAACUGUCGCCUCCCCGACAACUACAGCUAAGGCUUUCAGGCUGGUUGUAUGAAAUCAUGUCAAAAUAAACACGUCUGUACUUUC